AUGCCACCUAAUUGUCAAAAAAUUUCUGCUGGCUGUUUCAGAUAUACAACUUCACUGACAAGACUUGAUAUACCAGACACUUUGAAAACAAUAGAAUAUCAGGUUAAUCCAUAUUAUCGUGCUUUCGAUCAUAGUGCAAUUAGCCGAUUUGUUCUAAGUCCAACAUCCAAUUUGGAAAAUAUUGGUGGAGAUUCAUUUGCAGAUUCAAAAUUGACUUCAAUAUAUAUUCCAAAGAAAACAAUAUUCUACGCAGCAUCUUUCCAAAAUUGUCCAAUUGAAGAGAUAGUAAUUCAUCCAGAAAAUCCAUAUUAUAAAACUAAAGAUUUAGUAGUUUUUUCAGAUAACAAUUCUACAAUAUACUUUGUCAGUCCAUUUAAAACAGGAGAAUAUACUGUUCCUUCUUAUGUCACAAAAAUUGGUCAAUCCGCCUUCAGAACAUGUUCACUUUCAAAAGUUACCAUAGGUAAUCAAGUAACAAAUAUUGAGACAUGGUGUUUUGCACAAAGUAAAAUCCGAGAAAUUAUAUUACCAAGUAAUAUGUUAUCGAUUCCAGAAGCAAUGUUUGCUUUCUGUGGAACAAUUAGUACAAUUCAAAUUCCAGAUUCUGUAACCAAAAUAGGGCUUUGGGCAUUUUAUUAUUGUGAUCGACUAAACAAAAUUGAUUUACCAAAAAAUUUGAUAACGCUUGGAGAUGAAGUAUUUAGAGGCUGUCAUAAGCUAAAGAAUUUAACUCUGUCUGCAAAAUUGAAGGAAAUUGGAGUUGGUUUGUUUACCGAUGUUGGAAAUAUCAAUAUAAUAUCAUUAAAUCCAGAAAUAUUUAUCGAUGGGUUUAUUAUGUAUAAAGAUAGCAAUCAAACAUUGUUUUCAUAUUAUGGUGUCACAGAAAAUGCAGAUUUAACAAUAAUCAAUAAAUGCAAUUUCAUCGGUAAAGGUAUUUUUACAGGUAAAAAUUUAAGAAAUAUAUAUUUUGACAACAAUGAAAAUAUUUCUCUUGAUAGUUAUGUGUUUGAUUCAUCAACAAUUAAAACCAUUUCUUUUCCUUCAGGGCUUAAAAGUUUAGGAAUUGGAACAUUUCAAUAUUGUUCGAAAUUGUCAACUGUUUCUUUCCAAGGAACAAUGAUUUCAUCCAUACCAGAGAAAUGUUUUUAUCAAUGCAGCAGUCUUAAGUCCAUAACUCUUCCAACAUCAAUCACAACGAUUGGUAAGUCUGCAUUUGAAGGAUGUGAAAAUAUUGGAGAUAUUGGGAUAUCAAAAUUGGAAAAUCUUCAAACAAUAUCAGAUUCAGCAUUUCUUAAAAGUGGAUUGACUACAGCAAAUCUUGCAAAUUCAGUAACUUUGGUUGGAAGUCGAGCAUUUCUUCAGUCACGAAUUGCUAACUUAACUAUUAACUGUAAUAUCCAAAAUGAUCUUUGUCGCUCAUGCACAAAUCUUAAAACACUGACAAUGAAUGAUGGUGUUACUGAGAUUGGUCCAUAUGCAUUUUCAGGCUGCUCAGAACUUACAGGAUUUAUAAUUCCUCAGAAUUUGCGAAGAAUUCUUGAUUUUGCAUUUGAAUCAUGUUCCAGUUUAUCUUCUGUUCGCAUGGUGAUGUAUUGCACACUUGAAUCAGUUGAAGGUGGAUGCUUUUAUGGAUGCAUUAACCUCAAAAAGAUCGAACUUUCAACUUAUGACCGUUCUUAUUUGUUCCAAAAUAGUGCUUUAACAUUCUAUAAUCAAUCUAAGCUCAUUAUUUUUCUUCCUUAUAGUGGAAUAAUAAAUUUUGUUGCUCCCAUGGAUAUGAAAGAGAUUGGCCGAUGUGCAUUCAUGGGAAGUCCAAGUCUUCAACGAGUUUUCUUCAAUGGAAACAAGAUCGAAACUAUAGGUUACCAAGCAUUUCGUGAUUGCAGAAAUUUGAACUUAAUCUUCUUUGCUUCAUCUAAUUCUAUCACUAUCGGAAACAAUGCCUUCAUUGGCUGCCCAAUGCUUAGAAAAUGCGGAGCAUUUUCUAUUCCAGAAAGCCUCCAACCAAAAUUUAUUGAACAAGAUAUCCCCAAAAUUGCAUUUUCAAACGAUUGUCCUUCUCUUAAUUCAUGUCAAGCUAUCAGGUGUUCACCAAUUUCUAUAUUCUCAAUAACACCUUUCAUUACAAUGUUAAUUUCAUAA